AAAUCCUCUGCUUUAGCCUUACAGCGAUCAGUCUGCUCGGGAGUACAGCCUAAAGAUGUGGUUGCUACUUAUUUUCCUGUCUUUAAUUGCGCCCUCAUGGCAGGAAAAUGCCACAGUGAUCACAAAUAGUUAUGUGACUAAAGCGGGCUGUGAAGCGUUGGUCAAGGAGCCAAAUCUCUGUGAGUGCCAGGAUCAGGAGAUCAAGUGCGAAAACCUCCAGUUACUUAGUGAUACUGUGCAGUUAUUUGGCAUCACUUGCAGCAUCUUUGAUGCCAGAGGUUACGGCUAUAUUCCCCCUCUACAAGUCGGCAAUAUCCAGUCAUUGAUCAUUCAAAACUGCGCCAUACCUAAUGCCCAGAGUAUCAAAUACGUACUCAGUAAACUUGGUGUACAUAACUACACUGAACUGGAAAUCUUCAAUCACUUUGAUCCCAAGAAACCCGAUCGAGGAGAGGUUCUCCAGCAGCAUUACACGGACCACGAGGCCCUCAAAAAGGUUUCGAUCAUUGGUUUUAAGUCCACAUUGCCACCGAACUUUCUGGAAAACCUUUCGGAACUUAAGCAACUGUCAUUGAAAGGAAGUAGUGACUUACCCGGUUCCAUUCUGCAUCCCCUACAAAAUCUUACGCAUCUGGAAAUUGUAGUCAAGAACUUGGCCAAGGUAUCUGGUGAGAUAUUUGCCAAACAGUCUAAGCUAAAGAACCUGAUGAUCGACUGCGAUGCCAAGAAUAGCAGCGUAGAAAUGUCUGCUUUUGGACCACAGGAACUCUGGCACAUGACCGAUCUUCAGUCGAUUGAGAUCUUCAACUGCGGCGAUAAUGUCCCAACUGAAUUGUUCUGGAUGUCGGAAAAGUUGGCCUACAUUGGAAUAAGGAGUAACAUUAGUUAUUUGAGCAAGGACUUCCUUAAGGUUCAGAAACAUCUACUUACUUUGAGAUUGGAGAAGAACAAUAUUGCCAGGCUGCCUGAUCAGCUAUUCCGGAACACUCCUCUGCUUCUGGAGAUACAUUUGGCAUUCAACAACUUGGAUCGCAUUCAGAGCGGUCUCUUUGAUAAUUUAAGGAACCUACAGGUGCUAAACUUGGAGCACAAUCCGAUAACCACCAUAGCUCUAAAUGCCUUUACAUCCAUACCAACGGCCCAUAUCUAUGUGGGCAAACUCUUUAGGGCAGCGAAAAAUAAUGCCGACUGGGCCCGAUCCACCAAUGCCACAAUCUGCGAGGAGGAGCAUAUCUUCGGGGUGUGCAUCUACUGCAAACGAGAUGAGUAUUUGGACCACUUUGCCGACUCGGAGAACUGCAACAAGCCCAAUCCAAAGAUGAAGGAUGUGCUCUCCAAGAAGGCCUUAGAAUAUCAGCUGAAUAAAGACGGUCCCUGGAAGGAAUAUGCCGAGAUGCAAGAAAAACCCUAAGGUCCCAAACGCUUCACUGGGAUGUUACGCAUCAGCACACUAGCAACCAUAUGGAUUUAUGAUUUUUUAUGCUUACAACAACUAUGAGACUAAAAUAAACUGAAAUGAGAGUGAGCAUAGAAUAAAGUGUUUCAUUUUUC